GUGGGAAUUCGUCGAGCUCAUGGAGCAGUCGACGUCAGUGCGAUGAAUGGGAGAAUAAUCCAAAGUUUUGUGCGUGCGAAGGUAAAAAGUGUAGGGCUUCCUUGAUGACAUCAUGGACAGAAGAUAACCCCGGUAGGAGGUUCUACGGUUGUCGGAAUUGGAAGACAAAAAAUUGUGGUUAUUUUGAUUGGAUGGACGAACCUAUGAGUGAAAGAGCAAAGGAAGUUAUCAAUGACUUGAAAAGGGAGAAUCUCAAGCUCUUGAAGUUCAAGGAAAGCUCAAGGUCAAGCAUUGAUGUGGAUAGUGAAAUUGCUAAGCUUUGGGAUGUUUUGCAAGCUUUGAAAGAAGAAUCAAGGAAGAUAAGGAAGAAAAGUAGAUUUAUGACAUACAUCUUGCUUGGCUCUUGGUUGAUGUUUGUAUAUUUCGCUCUAGCUUAGUUUAGUUUGUCUAUGUAGCUUGAUCUUGCUUGGCUCUCGGCACCUAUCUUUUUUAUGAAAUGAUAGGCAUUGUCAUUUUGGUUCAUUUUGGUUCUUGG